UCCAAAAAUUCUUGAUGGUGUACCGUACAACGGCGAAUGAGUCAACACAGAACAAGAAAUCGCCGGCAGAAAUUCUCUACGGACGCAAACUUAGAACGAUUCAUAACUCAAUGUUACCACCGACACUCAAACAUGCCGACGCAUCAUUUCGGAAUGAAAAAAAAUUUGAUGUUGGUGACCCUAUCUAUGUCCGCGACUAUCGAGGAGGACAUAAACCUUGGAAUAAAGGUUCCAUCUCAGCACGACGUGGUCGAGUUAUGUACGACGUGAAAGUUGGAAAUGAAUUAUGGACCCGUCACUACAAUCAGUUGCGGCCAAGAAACUCAAAUAUCCCUACCAGUACACAGUCAUCCCUACCUCUGGAUAUUCUCUUGGAUACUUUUAACUUACCUACGACUGACAAAACAGAAAAGCAGAAGUGCCCAGCUCAGACAACGUCAGACAAAGCAGAAGCCGCAAACUCAACAAGCAGACGAAGCAACAGACGUCGACAACAAACUGAACGGUUUCAGAUAAACCCCAAGAAAGCACGCUAUUAAUCAUCAAUCUUCUCAAAAGGGGAGGUGAUAUGUAUCCACAUAUAUAUUUAUGUGUGUGUGUAUGUUGGUCUCUCUUUCUGUUUGCUCGGUUAGUCUGUGACCACUUCACUUGUAUGAACUUGUCUCCU